UAGCACUAGAAUCAAUUAGAAAAGGUUAAGAAAGUUUCUUGUUUUUGUGUUCAACAAAGAACGCUAGCUGUAGUAGGAAUUUUUUGUUAGCAUAUCUGCUGAUUCCUCCAAGUGUUUCUUCAAAACCAUUUCUUAAUACACUGAAAAAUAUUGGCAAACAACUCAUGAAGUAGAUGAACUUUUCACUUCAGUUAGCAAAAUGGGUUCUUCGAAUAAAUUCGGAACAAUGUUGUUGCUGUUCGACCUUGUCGGUCUACUUGCAGUGAUUUUACUCUUUAUUCUCUACUGGAGAAAGACUAAAAAGUUGAAGAAAAUGCUGAAGAACAUGAAUGCAGGAGAACGAAAGGCGGAGGAGGAGCUAGCGGUAGGCGAUGACGUAGAAACGUCGGGUUUAGACGACGAGAAAGGGAAGCUGGUACUGUUGGAGGAAGAAACAAGAUUUGAAUUGAGCCAUCUUUUAAAAGCUUCUGCAGAGGGACUAGGGAAAGGGGUAUUUGGAAACAGUUAUAAGGCAAAGAUACAAGGCAUGCCUGCAGUUGUAGUAAAGAGGUUGAAGGAUUUGAAAGCUUUAAGUAGUGAGGAAUUUAUGAAGCAGUUGAGCAGAAUUGCAGAUCAGAAACACCCUAAUCUUCUCCCACUUGUGGCCUAUUACUAUUCCAAUCAUGAAAAGUUGAUGGUUCAUAGAUUUGCACCAAAAGGAAACCUAUUUAACCUCAUCCAUGGAGAAAGAGGCAAAGCAAACAGGAUACCAUUUCGAUGGAAUGCAAGAUUAUCAGUAGCUAGAGGAGUGGCCAGAGCCCUGGAAUAUCUUCAUCUUAAUAACUCACAAAGCAUUGUUCCCCAUGGAAACCUGAAAUCAUCAAACGUUCUUCUCGACGAAAACGAAACACCUCUCGUUUCAGACUACGGCCUCAUCUCACUGAUCGCGCUUCCUAUUGCUUCUACUCGAAUGGCUUCGUUCAAAUCGCCGGAAUAUCAAACGCUGAAAAGGGUAACUAAGAAGUCUGAUGUUUGGAGUUAUGGAUGUCUUCUUUUAGAACUCCUGACAGGAAGAGUGUCGGCUCACUCAGCUCCACCCGGAACUAAUGGUGUGGACCUUUGCAGUUGGGUUCACAGAGCAGUCAGGGAAGAAUGGACGGCUGAGAUAUUCGAUCUGGAGAUAUCGGUGCAGAGAAAUGCCGCUUCUGGAAUGCUAAGACUUCUGCAAAUCGCGAUCCAGUGCUGCAACAAGGCCCCGGAAAAACGCCCUGAAAUGAAGCAAGUGGUGAGAGAGGUGGAUAAUAUUGAAGAAGUUGAAUCAGAUGAAGAAAACUUGUCGUCGUCUUUGGAUCAUUCUUUAACGGAUGAAUCUCAUUCCACAAGUGCAUCAGCUAUAAUUGGCGAUCAAACAUGACAACAUAUAUACUCUUCUUUUCCUUCGGACAAUUGUAAGGCUCAAAUGGAUUGGAUGACAUGUCAAGUCUCAUCUAAUAAUUUCAA